CACCUCAUCUCAAACUUCCCAGAUAACUUUGAUUUCGGUUCGGCCGACAACAACACACAAUACAACAAGAUAGUAAUACUCUGGUGAUCCUCACUCGGAUCAGCACAUCAAAAGAUUGACAACCAAAAGGAGAAGAAAAAAAAAAGAAGAAGUUCCAUUUAGCUAAGAUCGCGACCAUGACGGGCACACUUUUCACGGUGCCUAUCCCGCCCCUGGGCGCCCAUCCCGGCGGUACCAUUGUGGCCACGGAGCCGGCGCCGGCCGUCUACCUGCUCACCAUCACCUCGCCGCCCGACAACCGGCUCACGACGGCGUCGUGCAACGCACUCCUCGACGCGCUGGACCUGAUCGAGUUCGGCGGGUACAAGCCCGGCGUGGUGGUCACCACAAGCGGCAUCGAGAAGUUCUACUCCAACGGGUUGGACCUGGAACACGCCCUGAGCACCGAAAACUUUCUGCCGGGAGUGCUCUACAAGCUGUUUCAUCGUUUCCUGACAUACCCCAUGCCUACCAUCGCCCUCCUGUCGGGCCACGCCUUCGCGGGCGGCCUGAUGCUGGCCAUGCACCACGACUACCGGGUCAUGAACCCGACGCGGGGGUUCGCGUGCGUCAACGAGCUCGAGUUCGGGGUGCCGCUGAAGGCGGCCAUGAGUAGCAUCUUCCGGCUCAAGCUGCCGGCGGCGACGUACCGGGAUCUGGUGCUCGAGGCGCGCCGGUUCGCGGGGCCCGCGGCCGUCGAGGCCGGCCUGGCCGACCGCGUCGGCGGCCUCGACGCCGUCCUCGACCUCGUCCGCGAGCGCAAGCUGGCGGGCAAGGCCCAGACGGGCAUCUACGGCCUGCUCAAGGCCGAGAUGUACCGCGAGAGCGUCGCCCUGCUGAGCCGCCAGGGCUGGGAGCAGGGCGAGGAGCGCGACCGCCUGCUGGCCGAGUCCGAGGACAAGAGGCGCCGGGAGGGCGAGAAGAGGGUCGCCGAGUUGAAGGAAAUGGCGAGGCUGUAGAGGAUGAGAUCUCUAUCAUCUAUCCAUCUGUUAUUAAUCUAUAUAGCUAUCCAUCGAUGCAUCAUCCAUCCAUCCAUCUUUUCCUUU